AUUCGCAGAAAAAGAAACUAGUAAAAUUGCCGGAAGCAUUCCGCAAGGGCAUGAUGGAUGCUGAGAAGGGCAAUGUGCUGGACACAGCUACAUCCAAGUUAUACAGCUUACCUAAGGCUCUGCAAGCCGGCCUGUUGAUUACCCCGAGGAAUGGUGUUUCGUUCAUCGAAGCGCUACAGUUCAAUCUUUAUAAUCCUACCACGGGCAGCUUUUAUGAUCCCUUUGUUGUCACUUCCGUGUUAGAUCGUAGGCGCCUCACAUUGGCAGAUGCGAUCGAGUCGGGCCUAAUCGAUCCGUCCACCACCGUAAUCAAAGAUCCGUUCACGGGUAAUAUCGCGAGUCUGUUAGAGGCAAUGAGUAGCGGGAAGGUAGAUUCUAUAGGAGGCAGAUUAGUCGAGGACACUGAUGGCAAGAGUAUCGACUUCAUGAAGGCCUUGGAGCGGGGUUAUAUACUCGCCGCUGAAGCCAGGCAAGCGGUGGAGGAGAAAUACAAGCUCUGCGACGAGACACUGUCUAAACUUCUGCAGUGGAUCUCUGAAGUUGAAGACAAACUGGCGAAUCAAGAUACCGUCAAGGAAGACGUAGAGGACUUGAGAAAGCAAAUAAUUAUCAUGAAAGAAAUAAAGGAGGAUCUUGAAUCGCACACUCGACCCGUGUCAUCCUGCUUAGAUCAGAUUCGACAAGUCGUCUUAACUGGCAGCAAUGUGUUAUCUAGCGACGAAGUAUCUACAUUAGAGAAGAAUGGUCGAUCUUUAAAAACUCGAUUUGACAAAGCAUUAGAUCGCACUGACAAAUUAGUGAAACGUCUUAUUGGUGCCAGAGAUGAACUAACAAAGUUCAAGAAUGAAUUAACAACGUUCUCGAUUUGGUUAGACAAAGCCAGAAGCGUACUCGAGGAUAAGGAGCGUUCCUUGUCCGAUCUGAACAAGCUUAGUAGUAGCACAGAUACAACUCGCGAUUUCAUUAGCGAUGUUAUUGCUCAUCAAGCAGAUUUGAGAUUUAUUACAAUGGCCGCACAGAAGUUUGUUGAUGAGAGUAAAGAAUAUCUCCAAGUUCUUAACGACUUCAGGACCAGCUUGCCACAAAGAUUGCCACACAAAGAGCCCACAGCUAGCCAAGAUUCAGCGAUACGCGCCGAAGUAUCCAGUGCAACUGCUCGAUAUAAAGAUCUUUUAUCUCGAGCAAAUCUCCUGUCAGACAGAUUGUCGGGAGUUGGCGGCAAACAGAGAGAUUAUCACGACUCUUUAGAUAAAGCUAGAACGUGGUUGAGAGAUGUUGAGCCGAAAGUUAUCAGAAUUAUUUCCGAACCUGUUGCCGCGGAACCGAAACAAGUGGAGGAUCAAUUGAGCAAAGCUAAGGCGUUGAAUAAUGAAUUCCUUGCUAAUGAACGUUUAAUUGACAAUGCUAAACACAGCGUUGAGGCUCUAUUACAUUCUUUGGAAGGUCAAUUGACGAUCAAUGAGGCUAGAGAGCUCCAGGAACCAGUGAAAGCAGUAGAAGAUAAGUACAAGCAACUCAGUAAUGCUCUGGCUGACAAAUGUCAAGAACUUGACACAGCAUUGGUAAGAAGUCAAGGAGUGCAAGAUGCAUUGGACAGUCUGGUUGCAUGGCUGAACAAUGUUGAAAGUCAGUUUAAAUCGCUUCAACGUCCGGCAAGUUUGCAGAAGGAACGCUUGGAGGAGCAACAAAGAGAACAGCGAUUACUUCAAGCAGAUCUAGAUAGCCAUCGUUUGAGCGUAGAAACUAUUACAGCGAAUGCUCAAGAUCUACUCUUAAAUUCGAGCAACGUUCGUAUUGCCAAACGUAUCGAAAGCAAGUUGAAGGAUGUACAAAGUAGAUUUGAGAAACUGAUGGAUAAAUCCUUAAGACGCGGUGAAUUCCUAGAUGAAAUUGCACAGGCCUUGAACGAGUUCCUCAGAGAUGUAGCCAAGUUUGAGAAUUGGUAUGCGCAUAUGAUGGAAAUUCUUGAUUCGAGAGAUCUGAACAAGCUUGACAUGUCAGAAUACGAGGCUAAAAUGGCUCAACUGAUUGACAUGCGUGAGGAUCAGCGAGGAAACUUCGAAGAUCUCGUACGUAAUGGAAAGAAUCUAAUCUCUAAGAAGGAUAUAACCGAAGCAGGCGCGAUUAGAGAUAAGAUCAAAGCACUUGAGUCUCAAUGGAAGGAAUUGAACAAUCUGCUUGACGAGAAACAACGAUUGUGCAAAUCUAGAGCGGAACAACACACAGCAUAUGAGAAAUUGCGAGAUCAAAUACUCGAUUGGCUUACUCGUACAGAAAACAAGGUACAAGGACUCGAGCCAGUCGCCGUGGAUUUGGAUAAAUUGAAACUACAGCAGGAAGAUUUGAAGCCUAUACAAAAGGAAUAUCGUGAUUACGGCAAUACGGUCGAUAAAAUCAAUGAUCUCGGUAUUGCUUACGACAGUUUAAUGAAGGAACGCGGUGAAAGUCCAACUCGUCGACGUGGUAGUGCUAGUCCGACGAAGAGACCAGUACUGCGAAUGUCACAAGACGGUCGCUCGCCGUCACCUACUAAAUCCUACGCAGUUCAAAGUCCGGUCUCCCCAGGUGGUAGCAGUGGAUUCAGCAGCCGUCGUUCGAGCCAAGAUGGUUUUCAUCUCGAGGAAUUAUCGCCUGUUCAACAGCAACUUUCGGAAAUUAAUCACAGAUACGGAUUACUUGGUGUCAGAUUGUCGGAUCGCCAAACGGAGUUAGAUAAUAUUAGAGAGGAAUUGAAGAAACAUUUGGACCAUCUAAAAACACUCUCACAAUUCUUGGAUAAGAUUCAGCGGCAAUUGCCUAAAGAAAGCAUGCCCGCAACUAAAGAUGAUGCAGACAAAACAGUCAAGCAAGUUAAGAUUCUUAUUGAAGAGAUGUACGAGAAGCAAUCUUUGCUGGAUAGUACUCGAACGCAAGUACGUGAUUUAGUCAGACGUAAAAAAGGAGCGGACGGUGUGGAUAGAUUGAACGAUGAGAUGGAAGACGUUGCUAGUCGGUGGAGAUCAAUUUCAGACAGGUGUAAAGAUCGAAUUAAAUUCCUGGAAGAUAUUAAAGAUUUUUAUGAUACGUAUGAUGGUCUUAACUCUUGGCUUGGUGCUAAAGAGCGUAUGCUGGGCGCUUUAGGACCAAUUUCAGCUGACCCUCGCAUGGUCGCAAGUCAAGUACAACAAGUACAAGUUUUGCGAGAGGAGUUCAGAACUCAACAACCGCAAUUGGAUCAUCUCGUACAAGUUGGAGAAAGUAUCCUUGUCACAAUAUCCAUAGAUUCGAUGGAUGGUCAGAAGAUAAACGCAAAAUUGCAGAGCAUUUUACAGAGAUGGGCAGAUCAAAUGGGAAGAUUAGAUGAAAGAGCUCAGAGUUUAGGUGAUGCUGUUGAUACUAGUCGUGAAUUCGAUGCCAGCCUUAACCGGUUGCGAGACGCUUUGCAAGGAAUCUCAGAUAAUUUAGACGAAUUGACUCUUGAGAAGGAUCCCGAAGAACAGCUUCGUAAAAUCGAAAACUUGGAAAGACAAUUGGAAGGUCAGAGACCAUUGUUAGCAGAUGUGGAAAUGGCUGGUGCGCAACUAUGCGAGGUUCUAAGUGACCCUGCGUCGAGAUCCGAGAUUCAAGGAAAACUCACCACAGUCGGUAAGAUGUACAGUAACUUGCAGAAGAAGCUGGACCAUAGAAAAGCAGAAAUCGAAGGUAAUCUGCGAGAUGGAAGACAAUUCGAAGCCUCCUGUAGCAGAACUCUGGGAUGGCUCGCGGAUGAACUUGGAAACAUGUCUGAAAAAUUGCUAGUGUCUGCUGAUAGAGAAAUAUUGCAACAGCAACUUGAUCAUCACGAGCCUGUUUAUCGUAAUGUGAUGGGUAAAGAACACGAAGUCAUAAUGCUGUUGAACAAAGGACGCGACAUACUUUCGCGGUCUCAUAAAACUGAAAACCGCUCGCUUCAACGUGAUUUGGAUAAGAUGCAGUCACAGUGGGACCGUUUGAAGAAGGAUACUGUCGAAAGGCACACUCGAUUGCAGACCUGUGCAGAACAUUGCAAAAAAUAUUAUAAAGCUCAAGAUAUAUUUCUUCCAUGGCUUCGACAAGCCGAGGAUAAAUUGGACAGUUUGAUUCCUACAUCUUUUAGACGCAAGGACAUCGAGAAACAACUGAAAGAAUUAUCAUCGUUUAGGAACGAAGUGUGGAAACAUUCCGGAGAAUUCGAAAAUAACAAGAUGUUAGGCGAAACAUUUGUUGGAGCUUGUGAUAUUGAUAAGCAAAAUGUAAAGAAUGAGCUUAGUGCUAUGAAAACUAGAUGGGAUAAAUUAAACAAUGACUUGUUAUCUAGAACACAAUCUUUGGAAGAUACCGCACGUCAUCUAAUGGAUUUCAACGAAAACUUACGCGAUUUACAACAUGGUUUACAACGUUGUGAAGAUAAGUUGGCUUCACACGAUGCUCUUGGCGGAGCGGCUAAAGAUCCGAAACUUCUUGAUAGAAUAAAGAACUUGCGAGAGGAAACAACGAGUUUGAAGAAACCAUUGCAGGGUGUAAGACAACAAGCUAACGAUCUUGUGAACAAAGCCGGUGAGCAAGGCGUCGAUGCGACACAUUUACAAGACGAGAUUGACAAUGUUACCGAUCGCAUUAAUGACCUGCAAGCGAAACUGGAUGACAGAUGCAACGAACUGCAAAGUGCAGCGACAGCGGUCGCGCAAUUUAAUGAUCAAGCGAAACUGAUCAAUCAACAUCUGUCCGCCCUUGAAAAAGAUUUAGAUUCGAUGAAAGCAUCCGGUAGAGAAAUCAAGAUUGUACGAGGACAAUUGGAGGAUAUUGCUAAGAUUAUUAACAGAAUUAACAGACUCUAUGAAGAAAUUGGCGAUUUGGAGAAUCGUGGUGAACGUUUGGUUGAUUACGGCUUCGCUACUGAUGCUGUAGCUACAAGAGACCAGGUUGACGGAUUUAAACGGCAAAUUGGUAAACUAGAUGAACGGGCGCGUACUAGGGAAGAUGAACUCACUUCUACUUUGAAUAAAUUACAAGAGUUUUAUCAAUUGCACGUAAACGUUAUGGAAGGUAUUAAUGAUGCAAACGAACAAGUUAGAAGAUUUAAACCUGUAGGAUCCGAAGUGGACUCUAUUAAAGCUCAGCAGGAGGACUUCAGAACUCUUAAAAUUAAAAAGAUUGAACCACUAGCACACGCCGUUGAAGAUUGUAAUGCGCUCGGUCAAGGCCUCAUACAAACUGCAGGGCGAGAUGUCAAUACCAGUAAUAUCGAAAAAGACGUCGAUAAAAUGAACGAAAGAUGGAACGACUUAAAAGAUAGACUGAACGAGCGCGAUCGCAAGUUGGACGUUGGAUUAUUGCAGUCGGGCAAGUUCCAAGAGGCUUUAGAUGGUUUAGCGAAAUGGUUGACCGAUACGGAAGAAAUGGUUUCGAAUCAAAAGCCACCUUCUUCAGAUUACAAAGUUGUGAAGGCGCAACUGCAAGAACAGAAAUUCCUGAAGAAGAUGUUGAUGGAUCGACAAAAUUCUAUGACGUCUCUCUACAACAUGGGACGUGAGGUUGCCGCCGACGCCGACCCGAAGGAGCGUAAGGCCAUUGAGAAACAAUUGAAUGAUUUAGUGGGCAGAUUUGAUAAUCUGACGGAAAGCGCCGCGGAGAGGAUGGAUGCUCUUGAGCAAGCAAUGGCGGUAGCGAAGCGAUUCCAAGAUAAGUUAGUACCACUUACUAUCUGGUUGGAUAAAACAGAGAAGAAAGUCAGGGACAUGGAAUUGGUUCCUACCGACGAAGAGAAAAUACAACAGCGUGUCAACGAACAUGAUAUACUUCAUGAGGAUAUUAUAUCAAAGACACCAGAUUUCAGCGAACUCACGGAGAUAGCCAGUCAACUUAUGUCACUGGUAGGCGAAGAUGAAGCUACUACGUUGGCUGAUAAACUUCAGGAUGCGGCAGAUAGAUACGCAGCUUUGGUUGAACGAUCCGAAGCUCUCGGUAAUUUGUUACAACGUUCGAGACAAGGCUUACGUCAUUUGGUUCUUACGUAUCAAGACUUACAAGCAUGGAUGGAGAACAUGGAGAUUCGAUUGUCGAAGUAUCGUAUCUUGGCUGUACAUACGGAGAAGCUUUUACAACAAAUGGAAGAUCUUGCGGAUCUUACAGAAGAAGUAUCCACGCGACAAACGGAAGUGGACAGUACCGUAGAUUCUGGCUUAGAACUGAUGAAACACAUUUCAAGUGACGAAGCACUUCAACUGAAGGACAAGUUGGACUCUUUACAACGACGAUUUAAUGAUCUUGUCACGCGCGGCUCAGAUCUUUUGAAACAUGCCCAAGAGUCCUUACCAUUAGUGCAACAAUUCCAUGAUAAUCAUAAUCGUCUGAUGGACUGGAUGCAAGGCGCGGAGGCCGCUUUGCAGUCUGCUGAACCUCGUGAAGAAGAGAUUAUCCGACUCGAGAUGGAGAUAUCAGAAUACAGACCCGUCUUGGACAAGAUCAACGCUGUGGGCCCGCAGCUGUGUCAAAUGUCGCCCGGAGAAGGUGCUGCGACAAUCGAAGGUCUCGUGACCAGAGACAAUAGGCGAUUCGAUGCAAUCGCCGAACAGAUCCAAAGAAAAGCAGAAAGAAUUCAAUUGAGUAAACAGCGAUCUUUAGAAGUAAUUGGCGAUAUCGACGAUCUGCUUGAUUGGUUCAGAGAAGUGGACAAUCAACUUCGAGAGGCUGAGCCGCCUAGCAGCGAGCCUGAAAUUAUUAGAGUACAAUUGAAAGAACAUAAAGCGCUUAAUGAUGAUAUAUCCAGUCAGAAAAGUAGAGUCCGUGACGUUAUUUCGACUGCAAAGAAAGUAAUACGCGAGAAUGCUCAGCACGAAGAUACAUCUACUAUCAGAGAUAAGAUGGAGGAUUUGCGUGAAACGAUGGAAAUUGUAUCGGCUUUAUCAACAGACAGAUUGGGAGCUCUCGAGCAAGCUUUACCGUUAGCGGAACAUCUUCGCGAUACUCACGCUGGUCUGGUCAGCUGGCUCGAGGAGGCUGAACAACAAGUCGCUAUGUUACCUAUGCCUGCCUUGCGGCCCGACUUGAUAGCGGCGCAACAGGACAAAAAUGAGCUUCUCAUACAGAGCAUUAACGAGCAUAAACCCCUCGUGGAGAAGCUCAAUAAGACUGGUGAAGCGCUCAUCAAGUUGUGUAACGAAGAAGAAGGUAUAAAGGUGCAAGACAUCCUAGAUAAUGAUAACGCUCGCUAUGCGGCAUUGAGAGCUGAGCUAAGAGGCCGGCAACAGGCGUUGGAGCAAGCACUGCAGGAAUCCUCUCAGUUCUCCGAUAAACUAGAGGGUAUGCUGCGCGCAUUGUCUUCUACCGCCGAUCAGGUGAACGGCGCUGAACCCAUCAGUGCCCAUCCAACUCGUUUACGCGAUCAGAUGGAAGAAAAUGCCGCCUUGGCAGACGAUCUUGCUCAAAGAUCCGAGGCUUAUGCAGCCGUUAAAAAAGCAGCGGAUGAUGUGAUUAGCAAAGCUGGCAAUAGGGCCGAUCCGGCAGUCAAAGACAUCAAACGCAAGCUGGAUAAACUUAAUAGAUUAUGGACCGAUGUCCAGAAAGCCACAACCGAUCGCGGUCAUACUUUGGAUGACACUCUGGCCGUCGCCGAAAAAUUCUGGGCCGAGCUGAAUGGAGUUAUGGCCACUUUGAGAGAACUGCAAGAUGCGCUAGCUGGACAGGCACCACCGGCGGCUCAACCAGCUGCUAUCCAGCAACAGCAAGUGGCAUUGCAAGAAAUUCGACAAGAAAUCGAUCAGACCAAGCCAGAUGUCGAACAAGUCCGAACAUCGGGACACGAAUUGAUGGGCUUGUGCGGCGAGCCGGACAAACCUGAAGUGCGAAAGCACAUUGAAGAUUUGGAUCAGGCUUGGGACAAUGUCACCGCUCUGUACGCCAGACGCGAGGAGAAUUUGAUCGACGCCAUGGAGAAAGCAAUGGAGUUCCAUGAAACGUUGCAGAACCUGUUAGAGUUCUUGCAAGAGGCCGAGGAUAGAUUUGCGGAGAUGGGUCCACUUGGUAGCGACAUUGACGAGGUGAAGAAGCAAAUCAAACAACUGGCCAAUUUCAAGGCCGAGGUGGAUCCGCACAUGGUGAAAGUCGAGGCGUUGAACAGACAAGCAGCUGAAUUAACGGAAAGAACAUCCUCCGAACAAGCAGCAGCCAUCAAGGAACCGCUCGGUGCUGUGAAUAAACGUUGGGACGGAUUGCUGAGAGGCAUGGUGGAAAGGCAACGAUUACUAGAGAAUGCAUUAUUACGACUUGGUCAAUUCCAGCACGCUUUGGACGAAUUAUUAGUAUGGAUCGAGAAAACUGACAAGACAUUGGAUAAUCUCAGACCAGUAGCAGGUGAUCCACAAGUGAUCGAAGUCGAGUUGGCCAAGCUAAAGGUCCUAGUAAACGAUAUACAAGCUCAUCAGACGAGCGUCGACACUCUAAAUGAUGCUGGACGACAAUUGAUUGAGGAUGGCAAAGGUACCGCGGAAGCAUCUACUACAGCCGAUAAACUGGGCACUUUGAAUCGUCGUUGGCGAGAUCUACUGCAACGCGCCGCUGAUCGCCAACGAGAACUAGAAGAUGCCUUACGAGAGGCACAAUCCUUUACCGCUGAGAUACAGGACUUGUUAUCGUGGUUAGGCGACGUGGAUAACAUGAUAGUAGCAUCCAAACCUGUUGGUGGAUUGCCCGAAACUGCAUCCGAACAGUUAGAACGAUUUAUGGAGGUGUUUAACGAGUUAGAACAAAACCGUCCAAAAGUAGAAACGGUACUGCAACAAGGACAGGAAUAUUUGAAGAAAGCGGAUACGAGCAGUGCCGGUGGAUUGAAUCAUAAUCUGCGAACGUUGAAACAAAAAUGGGAUAAUGUGCUUUCACGCGCCAGCGAUAAAAAGAUAAAGUUAGAAAUUGCCUUAAAAGAAGCUACCGAGUUCCAUGACGCGUUACAAGCUUUCGUCGAUUGGUUGACUAACGCUGAAAAGAUCCUGACAAAUCUUCGACCGGUUUCGAGGGUCAUGGAAACAAUACUUCAACAAAUCGAGGAACAUAAAGCCUUCCAAAAGGACGUUGGUGUACAUCGCGAAACUAUGUUGAAUCUCGACAAAAAAGGAACUCACCUUAAAUACUUUUCUCAAAAACAAGAUGUGAUUCUUAUAAGAAACUUGCUCGUGAGUGUACAACACAGAUGGGAACGAGUAGUUUCCAAGUCAGCCGAGAGAACGAGGGCUUUAGAUCACGGUUAUAAAGAAGCUAGAGAGUUCCACGACAGCUGGUCGAAUCUGAUGAACUGGUUAGAUGAUACCGAGAAGACGUUGGAUGAAGUCGCCGCCGACGGACUUGGUGGCAAUGAUCCAGACAAGAUUAAAUCACGCCUUAACAGACACCGCGAGGUACAAAAAGCACUAAGUGCUAAGCAGAGUACGUAUGACAAUACCAUGAAGAACGGCAAAACGUUAAAGGAUAAGGCGCCGAAAUCCGAUGAACCUGCCUUGAGGGAACUUCUAAAUGAAUUGAAGAACAAGUGGACUACGGUCUGCGGUAAAUGUGUGGAUCGACAGCGAAAACUGGAGGAAGCCUUACUAUUCUCAGGACAAUUCAAGGAUGCGAUUCAAGCGCUGUUGGAAUGGUUGAGCAAGACCGAAAAAUAUUUGGCCAAUCCUGGACCACUUUACGGUGACCUGGAUACGGUAACCAAUUUAGUGGAGCAACAUAGGACCUUUGAAAGAGAUCUGGAGUCACGCGCCUCACAGAUGGAAUCCGUUAUCAAAACUGGUCGCGAACUGGAAUCUAAAGCCUCCAUUGAAGAUGCGUCAAUGAUCAGAUCACAGUUAUCCGAAUUAAACAGUCUCUGGGAUAGAGUAACUAGUCUCUCGACAAAGAAGUCCAGACUAUUGGAAGAAGCCCUUAGAGAGGCCGAACGGCUUCAUAAAGCCGUUCACAUGUUGCUAGAAUGGUUGAGUGACGCGGAGAUGAAACUACGAUUCGCCGGACCGCUGCCAGAAGAUGAGCAGGAGAGCAGAAAUCAAUUAAUGGAGCACCAGAGAUUCCUCCGCGAGUUACAGACUAAAGAAAUUGAAAAAGACAAUACAUUAGAAUUGGCACAUAUUAUUCUUGGAAAAGCGCAUCCUGAUGGUGCCGCAGUUAUCAAACAUUGGAUCACAAUUAUUCAAUCUAGAUGGGAAGAAGUGGCAACAUGGGCCUAUCAAAGGAACCAAAGAUUGGAGAAUCAUAUGCAGGGAUUACAGGAUCUUGAUAAUCUUCUCGAAGAGUUAUUAGCCUGGCUCGAAGGUUUGGAAAAUACUUUGAAUGCCUUGGAAGCGGAACCUUUGCCUGAUGAUAGAGCUACGCUCGAAAUGCUUAUUGCGGAUCAUAGAGAAUUCAUGGAGAAUACUAGCCGAAGACAAAACGAAGUUGAUCGCGUAUGCAAGGCCCGACAAAUUAAGCCGAUAAAGGAUGCAAGAAAAAUAUCGAAAGUCAGAUCACCAGCACCUACUAAGGAUCUCUAUCAGGAUAACGAGCAUGAGCAGCCUCAGCCUCGUAAACAAAGCCGAGGCAGCCCAGGUCGUGACAGAACGCCAGAUCUUUCAUUGCCACACAUCGGUCCACGUUUCCCACCCAAAGGAAGCAAAGGAGCCGAGCCAGAAUUCCGUAGUCCGAGAGUCAAGCUUCUCUGGGAUAAGUGGCGUCACGUUUGGAUGCUAGCAUGGGAACGACAACGCCGUUUGCAGGAUAAAUAUAAUUAUAUUCAAGAGCUGGAUCGCGUUGCUAACUUCAGCUGGGAAGAUUGGCGCAAACGGUUCUUGAAAUUCAUGAAUCAUAAGAAAUCCAGACUAACGGAUCUAUUCAGAAAAAUGGAUAAGAACAACGAUGGACUUAUACCGAGGGAAGACUUCAUUCAAGGAAUUAUGAACACCAAAUUUGAGACUUCCCGUCUGGAAAUGGGUGCUGUUGCUGACCUCUUUGAUCGUCACGGCGAGGGCUUGAUAGAUUGGAAAGAGUUCAUUGCCGCUCUGCGACCUGACUGGGAAGAACGACGAACUUACAACGACACAGACAAGAUACAUGACGAAGUUAAACGGUUAGUCAUGCUGUGCACCUGUCGUCAGAAGUUCCGCGUUUUUCAAGUUGGUGAAGGAAAGUACAGGUUUGGUGAUAGCCAGAAACUACGAUUGGUUCGAAUCCUGCGUUCUACUGUCAUGGUACGCGUCGGUGGAGGCUGGGUAGCAUUAGACGAGUUCCUUCUGAAGAACGAUCCAUGCCGCGCCAAGGGAAGAACGAAUAUCGAGCUACGGGAGCAAUUUAUACUGGCGGAUGGUGUUAGCCAGACUAUGACAGCCUUCCGUUCCAAACCAAGCCCGACCUCGACGCUGCAGCGUACGCAAAUGUCCUCCACCAAUGCUGGACCAAUCACCAAGGUGAGAGAACGUAGUGCUCGCAGUGUACCUAUGGGUCAGUCGCGAGCUUCGCGUUCAUCUUUAAGCGCUGGUACGCCUGACAGCCUUAGUGACAACGAAAGUUCCUUCAAGAUAGCUAGAAAAACUAGUACGCCUUACAGAUCUACCAUGACGCCCGGUGGUAGCCGUCCAUCUAGCAGGCCAGCAUCAAGACCUGCUUCCCGACCAGCUAGUAGACCAAGUAGCCGACCUGCAUCAAGACAAGGAAGUAAACCGCCUAGUCGAUAUGGAUCAACACAGUCAUUGGAUGACGAUUCAUGUACCCCAAGUCGCAUUCCGAGAAGGACCAUCGUAGGCUCCGGUAAUACUCCGACAUCCAGUAGACAUAACAGUGUAUCUGGUAGAAAACUCACAACUCCGAUGAACGGAUCAAGCUCUAGACCCCGCACUCCAACGGGAUUAAUCAGCCCCGCCAGCGGAGUACCCUCUAGGUUUGGCUCAAUCCAUAGAGCUUCGAGCAUUCCAACCCUGACUGGUGUCGGAACACCUAUCAGCCGCUCUAGGAUACCCGUAUAUGUGGGGGUGGAUAUAAAAUCUCCUCAGUCGACCACCAGCAAUAUGUCGACUCAUUCAACACAAAGCAACCAUUCUACGAUUUCUACUGAUUCCACUGGGGUACGUACACCGUCCAGUGGAUCCAGCACACCGCUACCGCCGUCUUCAAAAUUAUCGAGGAAACCCUCCGGAGCUUCCGACACGUCGGUGUCGGGAACGACCCCGAACAUACGAAAGGGAAAACCUACACCGAUCGAACAGCGCGCGCCGUUCCGAUUGUAAUAGCUUAUUAACGGAUACCUAUAGCUUGUAAAGUCAACGUAUUAUACCCGAGAAUAUAAAGAUAAAUAUAAAACAUCCCCGCCAAAUUUAAGAAUGAUCGGUAUUGCAGGGAACAUAUGUAUGAGUAGAUUAUUAUUGUUGUAUGUCGAGGAGAGGAGCGCGUGUAAUAUGUGAAUGCUAAAUUAAAUGCCGGAUCAAAAUUUUAUAGAAGACAAAUGAUGAAUCUAGGAUUUUAUCAUCUAUAUUUCGUUGAAUUCCGCCAAGUACUGAAUGCCAUUAAAAUUACAGAUACCAAUGAGAGUAUUUUAUACUCUCUUAGAGUAAGGGAUUACAGUUGGGAAAAUUUAUUUAUUUCAUGCCCGCGUUAGAAAGUGCUUGAAGCAUCUAUCUAGUUU